AUGUACAAGAAACAAUUAGAGUCAAUUUUCAUUCAAUGUCUUCUUGGUUAUUUUCCUAAAGAAAUAUCUCUUAUUGAUUUUAUUUGUGUCUCAAAGAGAAUAUAUCAAAGUGUUAUUAAUUAUAAAUUAGAAUAUAGAUGGUUUAAUCAAUUAUCAGAAAAACAAAAACUUCUUUUUAGUGGGAUAAAAGAGAAAGUUAUUGAUAUAUCAAAAUUAAAUGAAAAUGAUAUUAAAUAUUCUACACUUAUUUUAAAUUGUGAAGAUUCAUCAAAGAAGAUAAGAGAGCCUUUUGCUUCUCAUGUAUCUGAAAUUUAUAUUACAUCAAUUUCACAAAUUAAUUUUAAUGAGCUUCCAUUACUUUCAAAAGUUAAUAUACUUCUUUCUUAUUCAAUACCCAAAAAUUUAAAAAACGUAUCAUUACCUAAACACAUAUUAUUUGUUAUUCAUGCUAAAAAAUUUAAACCAAUUUAUGAACUUGUUAAAUCAAAUCCACAAACCACAUUUAUUGGUUAUGUUUUUGAAAUUUCACAAAAUGAUAUUACACUUAUGAACGAAUUAUCAAAUAUUAAAAUUUUGUUUCAGCAUUGGGAAUCAUUAUUUCCAUGGCCUAGUCUUGAUGUAUCACGAUUCAUUUAUACUGGAAUUAAAUUCUAUUUAGAAGAUAAUAUUCCUGAGUCUUUCACCAAAUUUAUUAUUAAACGUGGGUUAAUUGAAACAUUCAUACGUAGAAAAGGAGGUUCUUCAAAAGUAUUUCUUGAUUUACAAAGAUCAUUAUUAGAAGGUAUAAACAUAGAUAAUGUUGGUUCACCUUUAAUGGUAUAUGUUCCAAAAUCACUUGAAAUAAUUUCUUCAGAAUCGCUAGUAAAUAUUGACAUUCAAGGGAUGAGAUUAUGCACUCAUAUGACUUCAUUAAAUUUAACCCAUUUAAAAACUACAAAUUUUCCUACAUCUAUUCAAAGUUUAGAAUUAAGGAUAAAUACUAACAUUGAGGAGUUGAAUCUUAGAGAGUUUAGACAACUUAAAGAUGUGACUCUAGAUAGUUAUAAGAAAUUAGUUAUAUUAAAAUUACCACAAUUAACAUUACAUUCACUUAAUUUAACAAAUUGUCAAAGACUAAAAAGUAUAGACGGUAAUAAGAUAUGUUCUAUAUCAGUUUGCCAAUGUCAACAACUAAAAGAAUUUAAAGUUAGUUAUUCUAAACUUUUGCUCAGUUCAUUCUCUAAACCAAUAAAAUUCAUUAUUUCUACUCAAGUACAAAACUUAAUUCUAGAGAAUGUAAUUGAAUUGUUUUCUCGUCAAAUUCCUUUCAAAGUACAAAGAAUUGAAUUAAAGUCAGAACCAAGUGAAGAACUAAUUUGUUCAUUAAUGAAAUUAGAAGUUAAUACUUUAGUUUUAUCAAAUUAUCACUAUGGAUUAGAACAAUUAAAAGUUAAUCAAGUUAUAUCUGUUUCAGAUGGUGUUGAUAAUUUUAAUUUCAAAUAUCCAUCUGAAGUAAUUAUUUCACCUCAUCAUUCUAUAGAAUUAGAAACAAUCUCUAUUGGAAAAGAAUCAGCUGUUCAACUACUUGUAAUAAACAAAGCUAAAGUAGAAGAACUUAUUCUAACUGAUUCGCAUGUACGUUGUUUACGUCUUGAAUCUAGUACUAUUGUUCAUUUUAUUCAAUCACCAAUGCUUGAAAAAAUAGUUAAGUUAAAUUCAACAAUUGUUAAUGGAAGAAGUCUUGAAGGGAUUGUUCAAGAAAUUUAUGAAGACAAUGACCAAAAGAAAGAAGACGAGGCAAGUAGACGUGAUCAAUCUCUUAUGAUGAAUAUGCAUGCAGCAAGAUCGUUAGAGGCAAUAUUAAAAACAAACUUAGGACCAAAAGGAACAUUGAAGAUGUUAGUUAGUGGUUCAGGUGGAAUUAAGUUGACUAAAGAUGGCAGGGUAUUACUUAAUGAAAUGCAUAUUCAACAUCCAACUGCAAAUCUUAUUGCACGUGCUGCUACAUCACAAGAUGAUAUUGUUGGAGAUGGAACUACAUCUACUGUAUUGUUGUGUGGUGAAAUUAUGAAACUAUGUGAACCAUAUUUAAAUGAAGGAAUUCAUCCAAGAUUGUUAGUUGAAGGGAUUGAAUUAGCAAGACAACAUUUAUUUGAUUAUUUACCAAAAGUUGUAAAGAAGAUUGAUUGUAAUGAUCAAUUAGUUCUUGAACAUGCAGUAAAAAGUGUUAUUGGAACAAAAAUUACUAUAGACUUUGUAGAUCAAUUAUCAAAAAUGAUUGUUGAUGCAGUAAAACUUAUUAAAAUUGAUAAUACCAUUGAUUUGUUUAUGGUAGAAAUCCAAAGUAUGAAACAUAAAUUUGCAACAAAUACAGAACUUAUUAAAGGAUUAGUCAUGGAUCAUGGAACUCGACAUCCAGGAAUGCCUCAUGAUAUAAGAAAAUGUAUUUGUAUUAACAUAAAUAUUGGAGAAGAUGUUGGACUUCUUGUUGUAAAUCAAAAAGGAAUUGAUCAACCAAGUCUUGAUAAACUUGCAGCUGCAAAAGUUAUGGGAUUAAGAAGAGCUAAAAGAAGAAAUAUGGAAAGAUUAACUCUUGCAUGUGGAGGAGUAGCAUUAAAUAGUUUUGAAAAUGAAAUUCCAUUUGAAUGUUUAGGACAUGCUGGACAUGUAUAUGAGACAGUUAUUGGAGAAGAGAAAUAUACGUUUGUAGAAGAAUGUGAACAUCCAAAGUCAUGUACUAUUCUUAUUAGAGGAUCUGAUGAUCAAGAAAUUGAACAAAUUAAAGAUACAAUUAGAGAUGGAUUAAGAGCAUGUAAAAAUGCUAUGGAAGAUGGAGGAAUAGUUUUAGGAGCAGGAGCAUUUGAGUUACAAUGUUGGAAAGAAUUAAAAGAAUUUGCUAAAAGUGUUAAAGGAAAAGCAAAAUUAGGAGUUGAAGUAAUGGGAAAUGCAAUGUUAAUUAUACCAAAAACAUUAAUAGAAAAUAGUGGAUAUGAUGUUAUUGAACGAUUAUAUGAAUUAGAAGAUAAUAUUUUAGAAGGAAAAAUUGGAGGAGUUGAUAUUGAAACAGGAGCAUUUAAAGAAAUAGAUGAUAUUUGGGAUGGAAUUAGAGUUAAGAAACAAAUGAUUCAAUUAGCCAGUGUACUUGCAUCUCAAUUAAUGUUAAUUGAUGUUGUAAUGAGGUGUGGAUCAGCUAAGAAUCGACCUGCAGGAGCUGAUGCUGGACAAUUUAAUUAA